AUAUUCACACUAUAUUAAUUAAAUUUAUCAAAAGCCAAUAGAUCACUAAAUUAAAGACAUAACCUAGGUUGCACAACCAAAAUAAGAACGGAGAUACAGAAAAUAUACAGAAGAGCAUAAUCGUUAAAAACUGAAUUAAAAGCAUUGCAAAAAUGACAAUAGACUGGAUAAUUGUCUUUUAUGUGUUUUAUAUAUGUCUUCCUGAAGAUAAUCCAUACAGAAAUUAUACCAAACACAAUAGAUGUAUUCAUCCAAAUAAUUGUAGAACUUGGCACUUCGGGAACCAUCGUUACUGCCGACUCCGUUCUUCAACCUAACUCCUAGCAGCAUAGAUUUACUAGGUCAUCAUGGAACUCACCAAAUCCAUAAACUCGGUCAUAAUUAGGUAUGGAUGAAAUUUCGGAAAAUUCCCUAAAUCUGAUUGGAUAUUGUAGGUCAAGUUUUGACAGACAUGACAAUGGCUAUGAUAGUUUAGCUUCACCUUGAAUAUAAAAAUGAGGUGACUUUUGUCCAAAACAAAGAUCUAACUACAAAAGGCAAAGCUUCAUACCCAAAUAACGUAGUAGAAACUACAGAUCUCUACCGUCAUUUUUUUAUCAUGAAGCAGACAGACAUAUUGUAUUGGACCAAUAAUAAGAAAGAUGUCUAUCCACCAAUACCAUAGCUAUCAUCAUUUGAUUGGUAGUUGGUAGAUGCAGUAUUUCUAAUGCGGACCUCAUUCUUUUCAUUGCAUUUCCAGAGGAUGGGAGUGUGCAAGUGGGAUGCAUAGUCCUGGAAUAGUCAUGAGGGGACGUGGAUUACUAUGCCUCACUAAUGUUCUCUUAAUAAUUAUUGUUAUUCAGAAAUCGCAAUGCAAAUCCCCUGAUAGUUGUCUAAGUAAUCCAUGUCAUUCGAACGAAUAUUGUAUUUCUAAUGAAGAUGAAGGAUUUCAGUGUAAAUGUAAACAAGGCUGGACAGGAGAUGAUUGCACAGUGGAUGUAGACGAAUGUCAAUUUGAUUCAAUAAAUCCUUGUGAGCAUGAUGGUGUUUGCAUUAAUUCACCUGGUAGUUAUCAAUGCAGAUGUCCAUCCGGGUACUACGGAUCAAAGUGUGAAAAUGAAGUUCUGGAAUGCUCAAUAAAUCCCUGCAAAAACGGUGGAACGUGCAUAGAUUUGAUUGAUGGUUUCCAGUGUAUUUGCCCACUUGGUUAUGAAGGAGCAUCAUGUGAAAACGAAGUGAAUGAGUGUUCCUCUUCACCGUGUAAAAAUGGAGCUCAGUGUGAAGAUUUAAUCAAUAGUUACACAUGUCACUGUUUACCUGGAUGGACCGGUCCACAGUGUGAAACUCGAGUACGACCGUGUGCCAAUUCACCAUGUCUUAAUAAUGCUACCUGCCUAGAUUUGGGUACAACGAAUCAAAGUGAAUCUAGUGAUCUCUUUAUAUGUCGGUGUAAAGAAGGUUAUCACGGGAGGUUUUGUGAAAUAAAAUCUGAUGAUUGUACACAUAUUGUCUGUCAAAACGGUGGUCAGUGCAUUUCAAAGAAUGGAAGAAGUUAUUGUGAAUGCUUAGAAAACUAUCAGGGGUUAAAUUGUGAGGAAGUGAUCGUUAGAGAAAAUAAGUUAUCAACUGAAGCUGAAUCAGUGAAAUCAUUUGAUUGUUCCAAAACACCGUGUUUAAAUAAUGGCACUUGUCAUAAUAAUACUAGUCUUACUAUUGGAAGUGAUAUUAGCAGUGUGAUGUGUAGUUGUCAACCGGGAUUUUCUGGCCCUUAUUGUGAAAACACAGUGGACUAUUGUACACAAAUGCAUUGUCUCAAUGGAGGAAAAUGUUUGUUGCAAGAUGAUGCUGACCAUUCUGAAGGAACAGAGACCAAAUAUACCUGUAAAUGUCAACCUGGAUUUUCAGGCAAACAGUGUGAGAACAAUAUCUAUGAUUGUUUCGGUCAACCAUGUGGAGUUUAUGGUGUUUGUAAAGAUGAAGUCAAUGGAUAUCAGUGUGAAUGUUUAAAAGGAUGGGAGGGUAUUUUCUGCGAAAGACCAACUGACUCAACUAAAUUUAAAGCAUACAAUCAAAACACUGAAUCAUAUUCAAUGAUGUCUAAUAAUUUGAAGCAAUAUCACCAUAGACAAAGUGGAUUGUGUCCUGAGAAUUAUUGUAAUAAUUCAGCUACUUGUAUUCAAAUGAAGAAUACGUCUUCUGUACUGAAUGGUAACAAUGCAUUACAAUUGGGACAGGAUUUGGAUAUUACCGAAUAUAAAUGUCUCUGUGAAACGGCUGUUGGUCGUUUCAAAGGUACUAAUUGUGAAAUAGACAUAGACGAAUGUGUUGAAUUCGACCAGAAUAACUUGUCAUUAUGCCAAAAUGGAGGAACCUGCAUAAACACUUAUGGAUCUUAUGUGUGUAAUUGCAGUAAAGGAUAUUAUGGUAGAAAUUGUGAAUAUUUGCUUGAUCCAUGCAUUUAUGACAAUGUAUCAAUUUGUUUCAAUGGUGGGACGUGUUUAACAACAUCUGAUGGUGACGGUAUAUUAUGUCUUUGUCCAACUGGAUUUACAGGACCUCAGUGCAAAGAAGAAAUAAAUGAAUGCAUUGAUAAACCAUGUUUGUCUGGUGGAAUAUGCUUAGAUCUAAUUGGUGAAUAUCAUUGUUUAUGCCCAACUGGUAGAUUUGGAAAAAAUUGUGAAUUGAGUGGUGAAUUGGUGUGCAGCGACCACCAGUCAUGUGGUGGUGAGAAAGAUGUUAGGAAGAAUUGUACAAUACAAAUUUGCUUUAACGGUGGAACAUGUAUUCAUGAGCAUUUCAGUUCUCAUAACAGUAGUAAAAACAACGCUAGCGUCAUAAAACAACAGAAUGAUUUAUAUGGAAGCUCUUCACCAUUUUGUGUUUGUUCAUUUGGCUACAUCGGUGAAAAUUGUCAAAUACAAUUAGAUUUUUGUCAAAUAUUUCACAACAUUAGACAAAUCAUACAUUAUUUUGAAUAUUCUAAAGAAUUUGAAGAUUACUUUAUAGAACAUUUGAACAUUUCAAAUCUUCUUUUUAAUGAUUGGUUGAUUUCAUCGGCCUUUACGUUCUCAAGAAAAUCGUUAACUUGGGAUGAACUGAAUUCAGCAUACUCGGCAUUUAUUAUAAAUUAUACAAUGCCUUUGAUUUUGAAUGCAAGCAAUAAUAAUAACACAGUGGUUUUAUCAUGGAAGGAAUCAUUGAAGAAUCAUUUAUUGGUGGAUAUAGGCAAUACCUUUUUUACUCCUCUGAAUAAAAAUCAUAGUUCCGCGUUGUUCUCAAGUAUUUCCCCAUUGGGUUUAUGUAAUCCAGAAGGAACUUCAAACUGUAUGACUUUGACAUCACGAAAUGCUACUGGUGAUGCAAACUCUGGAUUUACAUGCAUCUGCCACUUAGAUUAUGAAGGCAGAUACUGUGAAAAAUACAUAGAUAUUUGUGCGAAGAUUAAUCAGGAAUAUAAUGAGAGCUACUGUUUAAAUGGUGGUUGGUGCGAAAAUCAAAUUAAGCGAAUUCCACCAAAAAGUGAUCAAGCACUUGAUGUACAACUGAUACCUUUUUGUCACUGUCAACCAGGUUAUGGUGGUAAAAGAUGUGAAUUAUAUCAUGACUUAUGCACUACAUCUCCCUGUCUUCAUGGAGGUGUUUGCCAUCCAUUCAGUUCACCAGCUCAUACAGACUAUGUAACUUCUUAUACACCACCAUACAUUUGUGAAUGUUCAUUUGGUUGGUCUGGAAUACACUGUGAAAUUAGUUCUGGACUACAAUGUGGAGCUUCAGAGUUAUGUUUACAACAAAAUCAUUGUCGUGAAUCGUUGAAAGCCGAUUGUCCAUGCAACCAAACAGGUUACUGUGGUGUAGAGUGCGAUACAUUUGGUACUGAUUGUUUUGUAGCAACAAAUAAGAAUAAAAAUACUACAGUCAACAGUACUGGAAUAGCGACUAAUUUUGUGACCACUUCUUCUAUUGCUGCAACUAUUCUAGCUACCGUUACUACCUCCGCAAUCCCUACUACGUCUAUCACUACUACUAUUAGUGCUAAUACAACUGAGACAAAGAUUCCUACAAGCAGUGUCAAUCAAUAUAACACAGCGGACAGUGUAAAUUUAUGGUCAGGUGAAGAAACUGAAUUAUCUUAUUGUAUAGAGAAUAAUUGUCAGAUUAAGGGUCAUAAUAAUAAAUGUGAUCAAGAGUGUGAUUUAAUUGCCUGUGACUUUGAUCAUGGGGAUUGUUUGUACGCGCUGUCAGUACCAUUGAAUCCUUUACCAUAUAUUGAAUUAAUUGGAAGUAAAACAAGUUAUUAUAUGAGAUUUUCACAUGAUUCUCAGAUUAACCAACGUCCAGAACCAGCUAUCCCUUGGCGUACUUGUUCUGUGUUGAUUGGGUAUUCAGAGCAUACUCCCUGUCAUUUAUUAUUUGGAGAUGGGAAUUGUGAUUUACAGUGUUCCAAAGAAGAAUGUUUAUUUGAUGGUUGGGACUGUAUCCAUGAGAAAAUUGAUGUCAAUCCAACAACAGAUGAUAUUUGUUCUGCUGAGUCAUGUAAGGAUUAUUCUAAUGAUGAUACAUGUCAAAUUUAUUGUAAUAAAACAACUGUAAUAUGUAACACAACUGAUGAAAAUAAUUGUAUACUGAAUGAUGAUCGACUCCAGUCUAGCACAGUCCCUGAUAAAGAUGUCAUGUUUGAUAAUCGUACAUUAGUCAAUGAUAAACGUGAUCACAAUGAUGUUGUUCCUGGAAGUUUAGUUCUAUUAAUUAAUUGUACACCAGAUGAAAUCUUAUCAAAUUAUACCAGUAAGCCUUCAGAGUUAUCAUUGUUAUCUAUACUCAAUGAAAUAUUGCAUUUAGAAGUUGAAAUUAAACGUCAUCCAGACACUGGUAAACUGAUGAUCUAUGCAGUAACUUAUCUAACUAACUAUACAGAGGAUAGUGAUGAUGGAAACGUUCAUUAUGAUACUGGUGAUACACAGAAACAACUAAGAAAGACAUUAUUUCACACAAUUCAAUUGAAAAAUGAAAAUAAUAAUCCACUUUUGCCGGAAACAUAUUCAGAAACGAAUAUUGUUCGUUCACGGUAUUCACGUGAUGUUAGGGAAAGAUUGUCAUCUCAGAAGACAUUUACUAUGAAUUUAAAUGAUAAGAGAAAUUAUCAUCAAGAAGGUAUUGCAAGUCAAGUUUAUUUACAGUUGAAUUCAAAAAAAUGUGAUAAAACAGGUGGACCUUGUUUUCAUAAUGUGGAUUAUGCUGCACAGUUUCUCACUGCAUACAUGCACAAUCGAAAUCAUGAUUUACUUCAAACAAUUCUCACUGUUCAAACAAUUAAUCCAGAUACUGCGACACUGUUACCUGAAGAAAAGAAACGUAAUCGUUAUAAAAUUGACAGUCUGUCAGUUUAUAUCUCUUCUUUUAUAUUGUGUAUUCUAGUUUUAUUAUUUAUAUUUGGUGUAUUAUUCACUGUUAAUCAUAUUCAACGUCAACGAUCAAAUUGUCAUUUACGCUCAACUAAUGGAUCGUUUAACAAAGGAAAUUUAGGACAAAAAACGUUAAAAAAAGUUUUCAGAGCAAAAAUAUGGUAUCCUAGUCCUGGUUCAAUUCAUGAUCAAAUAACAAUCCAUAAUUCAUUCAAUAACUACAAAGCUUCAGAACUCAAAGAUGAUAAAUACACAUCAUCGAAACUGUCAGGUUUGGAAGUUUAUUCAACAACAUUUGGAGAUGAAAUUAACGGUAUACAAACCAAAGUUGAGUCUGUUCAUGAAUUAAAUAAGUGUUUUGAAAUAUUACGUGGUAAAGCACAUGGUAGUACGCCAUCUUACCUAUUGACUGUAGACUACAAUAAUUCAUCACCGCUACGAAGUAAUCACAUCACAGACUAUAAUGAUCUCAGUGUGAGUAAUUUAGUUGAUAAUCGUUACACUUCAUCAGUUGGGAAGUACUUUAUGCAUUCGCCAACAAUAUCUACGUCAUGUAAUUCACCAAACCAACAAUAUACAAAUAUGUCUUCAUUUUUAUUAUCACAUCAGCCACAGAAACCACAGCACUCACAUACACCACUAGUAACAUUUACAGAAAAUGACAAUAAUAGUAGUACAAGUAGCACGGUGACAACAACUGUUACUAUGAAUGGGAUGAAUAAUUUCGAUGAUCUCGAAUGUCAACAGAAUGAAAAUCUUAAUAAUUAUCUAACUAUGCAAGACUUAUACCAGUUUUUACAAGCAAUCCCACAAGCCGAAUUGAAUAGUUUCCAAAGAUGCCUUCAAAAAGUUAUACUUGAUUAUUACGACAGUGAAGAGUCAGCAAACCUUGCCAAUUGUGAGACCUUUCAACAACAACAACAACGUGCAUUCAUAUCACUCAGUAAAUCUCAAAACAACUAUGAAAAUACUGAAUUUAAUUCAGUAUGUCGACUCCUUACUCAUAUAGACAAACCAAGUACUAAUAACAAUUAUGGUAAUCCUUCACAGAUGAUACUACAAAACUCAAUGAAUCAAAUAGCUGCUUGGAACAUGAUUUAUAAGUCAACACAUUUAUAUCGUUUACUGAAUCUUAGGAUCCCAGAUACUGGGGAGACACUGCUUCAUAUAUCUGCAAGAUAUAAUCUAAGCAAAGCUGUAUCUAAUCUACUGGAUGCCGGUGCAGAUAUUUCGGCUGUUGACAACGAAGGUCGGACAGCGCUUUAUACAGCCGUUAGCGCAGGCGCAAAUGAAUCAGUUCAAAUGAUUUUAAGUCAUCCAGUAUCUAGUUUUAAUCCAUUUUGUUAUCUUCCGAAUAUGCAACAAGAUUCAACAACUCCUCUAAUACAAUCAAUUAAAUUAGGAGAUACUGAUAUAUUUACUAUGCUGUUGAAUGCAAUGAAUGCAUUAGUUUGUGCAUUAAAAAAAUCAAAUCACUCAAAUGGUCAAGAGUGUACUGGAUUCGAUAUAACUGUUACAUCAAAUGAUCUAGUACAAUAUCGGUCGUCAUCAUCAAUGCCAUCUUUAUCUCCGGGUACAAUAACAGCCAAUGGUGUAGAGUAUACUUACGAAGACAAUGCAUUAAGUUUUCUCGAUAUUAAUACAUCGGAUAGUUUUGGACGCACAGCAUUACACUGGGCAGCUGUGACUGAUCAGUCACAAAUUGUUAAUAGUUUGUGUAAUUCUGGUGCAACAUGUGAUGCUCAAACACUGCAUGAAGAAACACCAUUAGCAUUAGCAUGUAGAGAAGGUGCUAUCAACAUUUGCAGUGUAUUAUUAUUAAAUGGUGCUAAUCCUAAUUUAGCUGAUUACCUAGAUCGUACACCAAAGGAUUUAGCUUAUUUAGGUGGACAUUAUGAUAUUGUCAAUUUAUUAGAUACAUAUGCCACUACACAUAAUGCAGAUAUUGAACAUUAUGCAAAUAGACUUAUUGGUAGGAUAAAUAAAACCAUAACAGCAAGAGCACCACCACCACCACCAGCAACAACAACAGUAGCAAAAUCAUCACCAGAGAAAUCAUAUUAUCCCUACUUUUUACCUUCUAAAUUGUAUGAAAAUAACAAUAAUAGGAGUAGCAGUAGUAAUAAUAUUAGUCGCACGUCACCUUACUGCAAAACAGAAUUUGCCAAUGUGCCUUAUAUCCAUACGUCAGUACAUGGGGAUACACUAGUCCCGCAUAAUUCAAUGCUAAAACCAUAUACGAUAAAUGUAAAUGAGAAACAGUCGACCAAAAGUUUCCCAACUUGUUAUAACCCAAAAAUAAUGGACACUCUUAUUGAUACUUCAGCGACCAAACCAACGAUAAUGUUUGGCUCAACAGAAUCAUCAUCCCCAUCUUUAUUGAUGACAAAUAAUAAUUUAAAGGCAUUAACAACACCCAAGUCAUCAUUUGGUGGUGAGGUUACUUCAAAAGUUAAUAUCAGUGAUACUUCUACUAUCAUGACGACAACAACAGCUAAUAACGUUGGCAAUUGGUCAAGCAGUAAUACCAGCAUGCCUGUGUUUAAUAAUAAUUGUACUAUGCGUGAUAAAUUUGAUAGCUGUGCGCAAUAUUCUAUAAAUCAGAAACAAACACUUUAUAAACAAGAUAAUUUUAAACAAUAUUCUACUUGUGUGUCAAACAGUACGACUUCUAUUAUUGCCACUAAUAGUAGCAAUAACAUUGAUGAUCGUGAUAGUGGCAAUGUUGUUAAAAAAAUCCGUGAAACUCUAUCAAAAGUUGAUUAUACUUUUAAUGAUAAUCAUAGUAAUAAUGGUUUAAAUAUACGGCAUCCUAUGGGUUCAGAGGAUAGUGAAUCACCGAAUCACUGGUCAUCAAGUUCCUCAGAUUUAUCACCGAACCGUCUCGCAACAUUACAGAAACUUGAAGAACCACUUCGUGGAAUUAGCCAGUCUGAUGGACUGAAUGAAUCCUUUAUGAUGUUGAAAUGGAAAUCGUAUAUGGAUACAAAUAUAAACAAUAGUAAAGGUAUAAAUAGUAUCAAUAAUAAUGAAUCACUUUAUACCCAACUCAAUCCAUAUCCAAAUAACAAUUACAAUUAUCAGCGUCAAUACAAUUCAAAAAACGAACAACAUAAAACUUAACACAAACAGUUGUGGAAUGUAAGAUUUUAUCCAUAUGUUUUAAUUCCGUUUUUAUAUUUUAUCGAACACCAGCAUUGUAUAUGUUAACAUAAGUCUUAACAGUUGUAAAUUAUACCAGUAAAGUUUAGACAAGUUUGGCGACACACUGGAGAAUGGAUAGAGAUGAAGUCAAAUGAAUUAUCAUAAACAUAUUUGUAGUAUAAAUAAGGUGGGAUCAUAUAUGUAUUGUGUUAAAACAAACAUUCCUAAUAGAACGCAAACACAUAAUCACUACCGCUAAUAUUAAUGAUCUUGUCCACCAUCAUUCCCACGACUACGACCACCGGUAACGAUGUCUUCACUCUGUUCAUAAAUCAGUAAAUAUCUGUGUGUACAUACAAUGCGUGAUGUGACCAUGCUGCUGCUGCUGCUGAAGGGUAGGAACAAGAGAAGAAGUCUGAACCACUCUUAUGGAAUAGCCUUGUGUUUUCUCUCCAUCUUUGUUAACUUAUUCAUAUCUUCCUUUCUUGCCAUUGCGAAUCUAUUCUCUGUUGUUUUGCCUUAGCUUUACAAUAUUUUUAAAGCUUGUAAAUAAACCAUUAUUUUGAAUUCUUAUCACUUUUCUGAAAACAUAGAAUUAGGGUAAUGUGUGUGUGUGUGUGAGAAAGAGAGAAAGAUAUAAAUUAAUAAGCCUAAAGAACCAGAGUAAAUUGAUUACGGUAUAACGAGAUUUCUUUCAACCUGGAGUCGAUUGAUUUUUGGCAUUCACAAAACAAAUUCAUUAGUCAGCCAAAU